UUCAUAUCCUCACUCUCCUCUUCUGCUUUAUCCUCAUCGUCUCACUCUCUUUCUCUCGCCUCUCCAAUGGAGGUUACUACCUCCACCUUCAUCUCCACCAGAUCGUCGAAAUAUCUUACCUUAACUUCCUACUCUCCGGUGAUUCUUCCGGCUUCUAGUCUCCGCUCCAUCCGCACUGAUUUCCUCGGCAGCUGCCACAGUCUCCGUCCUCCUCAUCUUCGAACGCGCGCCGAGAAACGGAAAUCUGGUCGUUCCUCAAUCCGAUCGCCUCGGUUAGUCGUCAGAGCUUCUAUCGACUCUGGUCUGAUCCUUGUUGUUGUGGCUGUUACCGCCUUUUCCGCCAUUGCUUUCGCUUACUGCCAACAUACUUUCAGAAAACGGAAAAAUUCCGACGAGGUUGUAGCAUCUCCUGCAACGCUUCAUGAUGAAAAAAUCAGUACUGAGAAUCGGCGGGAAAGUCAACAUUUAGAUGGUGGAGAUGUUCAUAUGGAAAUAAAUGGAGGUCUCAGAAAGAGGGAGGCUCAUCAAAUCCAGGAAACUGCUGUGAUGGAGCACGAUUCAUUUUCGGCCAAACAAACGGAGAUGGCUGUUGUCAGUGUCAGCACGAUUGCGGAUGAACAUAGCUUUAUAGAUGAACCACUUGCAUCCUCUGUAAGUAACGGGUCUGUUGCCUUGGGUUCACCUACAUUGGAAGCGAAAACACCUGUGAAACAGGUUGAAAACAGGGAAGAGCAAAAGGUUAUGGACUAUGAUUUUUCACAGGCAGUGGUGGGAAUUCAUUCGAUUGCUUCUCCACACGUGGUAGAUGAUGAUGCACGUGUUCUAGAGCAUGAGUAUAGUGGUUUGAUCCAGAAGCCUAUUGAGUACAGCAUUUUCACGGAGACGAAGAGAGAAGAGAUUCACACAUUCUAUGGGUCUAAUCAUUCAUCGAGGUUGACAAGUCUUAAAGCAGUAUCUCCUACUGUUACUUCCUCUGCAACUGAUACUUUAUUGUUGGGCCACAAGAACAAUGGAAUAAUUGAUACUCACUUCUCAGGACAAGGUUCUGGUCAGGCUACUGGUUACGUUGAGGAAGAAAAACUUGUGGCAAACGGUAACGGCGGUUUAUCACACAAAAGUAAAGAUGUAAUAAGAGACUGGAAAUUUCGAGAUGACGGGAAUCAUGUGGUUCACCAAACCGAUGAACGCGUGCCUCAGUUCCCCGCUCAGCUGCUUAGUAGUAAUGGGCGUUCUCCAAAAACUAGUGAUGCUUACCACCGUUUACUUAGAGAUGGGAGGCUAAAAGAUUGCAUAAGCUUACUUGAAGAUUUGGAGAAAAGGGAUUUAUUGGACAUGGACAAGAUUUAUCACGCAAGCUUCUAUAAAAUCUGCAAGAAACAAAGGGCUGUCAAGGAAGCAUUUCGCUUUACCAAGUUGAUUCCAAAUCCAACCAUGAGCACAUUCAAUAUGUUAAUGUCUGUCUGUGCAAGCUCCCAGGACAUAGAAGGAGCUCGGAGAGUUUUGCAUCUGGUGCAAGAGAACGGUAUGAUGGCUGACUGCAAACUUUACACAACUUUAAUAUCAAGUUGCGCUAAAAGCGGGAAAGUUGAUUCAAUGUUUGAGGUGUUCCACCAGAUGACAAGUUCUGGAGUGGAACCUAAUCUCCACACGUUUGGUGCACUUAUUGAUGGUUGUGCUAGAGCUGGACAAGUAGCCAAGGCUUUUGGUGCUUAUGGAAUUUUAAGGUCUAAGAAUGUUAAGCCAGACCGGGUUGUAUUCAACGCCCUCAUCUCUGCAUGUGGUCAAUCAGGAGCUGUGGACCGUGCAUUUGAUGUGUUAGCUGAAAUGAAGGCUGAGACGCACCCUAUAGACCCUGAUCAUAUCACGAUUGGUGCGUUGAUGAAGGCAUGUUUUAAUGCUGGUCAGGUCGAACGAGCUAAAGAAGUAUACAAGAUGAUCCGUAAAUAUGGAAUAAGGGGUACUCCAGAAGUCUAUACCAUUGCUGUGAAUAGUUGCAGCAAGUCUGGGGACUGGGAUUUUGCAUGUGGCAUAUAUAAUGACAUGAAAGAGAAAGGUGUAAACCCUGACGAGGUGUUUUUUAGUGCAUUGAUCGAUGUUGCAGGACAUGCAAAAAUGUUAGACGAAGCUUUUGGCAUUCUUCAGGAUGCGAAAUCUCAAGGAAUACGCCUGGGAACUGUAUCAUAUAGCUCACUGAUGGGAGCUUGUUGUAAUGCGAAAAAUUGGAAGAAAGCACUGGAGCUCUAUGAAAAGAUCAAGUCAAUCAGACUUAGACCAACUGUUUCAACAAUGAAUGCCCUCAUAACUGCCUUGUGUGAAGGUGGUCAACUACCGAAGGCUAUGGAAUAUCUUGAUGAGAUCAAGACUCUGGGAUUAACACCAAACACUAUCACUUACUCUAUGCUUAUGCUGGCAAGUGAAAGAAAGGAUGACUUUGAGGUAAGUUCCGAGCUUCUUUCUCGAGCAAAAGAAGAUGGAAUCUCACCAAACUUCAUCAUGUGCAGAUGCAUAACCAGCCUGUGCAAGCGAAGGUUCGAGAAGGCUUGCGCUGCUGGUGAACCUGUUGUGUCUUUCAAAUCAGGGAGACCUCAAAUUGAAAAUAAAUGGACAUCAAUGGCCUUGAUGGUUUACCGCGAGACAAUUUCAGGUGGCACGGUUCCUACUACAGAGGUAGUUUCGCAAGUUUUGGGAUGCUUGCAACUUCCAAAUGAUGCUGCUUUGCGGGAUAGGCUGAUUUCGAAUUUAGGCAACAUUUCUUCACAAAAACAAGAUAACAUAUUCCCACUAGUCGAUGGAUUUGGAGAGUAUGAUCCUCGUGCAUUUUCACUACUUGAGGAGGCUACUUCUCUUGGAGUUCUUCCUUCUGUGUCCUUCACUAAAGUUCCCCUAUUUUUUGACACAACAGAAUUGCCCAAAAACGUGGCUGAGGUUUACCUGUUAACCAUCUUUAAAGGUCUUAAGCAUCGCCUUGCAGCUGGUGCGAAGAUACCUCACAUAAAUUUGAUCAUUUCCAUGGAAGAGAAGGAAAUGAAGACUCCUGAAGGACAGAAAACAAUUGACCUUGCAGGAAGGGUGGGACAAGAGAUAUAUGCAUUGUUGAGAAGGUUGGGGAUACCUUAUCAUAGGAAGGACUCAAAAGUAAGAAUCAAUGGUGUUUCUUUGAAGAACUGGUUUCAACCAAAGCUGGAUUCUCCCUUCUCUACAAAACCAGGAGAUCUAAGAUCAUCACAAGUACCACUAGGAAACCAGAUUUCUCGCCAGCAACGCAGCAUUCGACUAGGGAACCUGUCACUUGAUUGAGAAUUGAGAAACCGUCUCCCUUUUUGAUCCUUAACCUAUGAGAGUUUUUUUUUCCCCACGCAACUUCAUACUCAGUACAUGUCACAUCACAUUCCUGAAGCAUCUCGCAGCAGAAGGUGAACGAACAUUCAAGUUUUGCUUCGUUGCUUUUUCUGCAUAAUCUGUUAGUUCUUGCAGUCCACAUGAGGAUGUUGCAUAGUGACAGGAAAUGUUAAUUGCAUGGUAACUAAAAGCAGUUGGUAUAUGUAUAUCUAUAAGUUUGUAUUUAUUCAUCAUAUAUAUAAAUGGUAAAUGAUUCUUUUAAGGAUUUCAGAAACUUGCUUAUCUCACUUUAUCAGAUAACCAAAUAA